AUGGUUAAAGCGGCUGUUCUUGGAGCAUCUGGUGGCAUUGGCCAGCCUCUGUCUCUCCUGCUUAAGACAAGCCCCCUGGUGGACGACCUCGCGCUCUACGAUGUUGUGAACACCCCCGGUGUCGCUGCCGACCUUUCUCACAUCUCCUCUGUUGCUAAAAUUUCCGGAUUUCUGCCUAAGGAUGAUGGACUGAAGCACGCCUUGACCGGUGCUGACAUUGUUGUCAUCCCUGCUGGGAUUCCCCGCAAGCCUGGAAUGACUCGUGAUGAUCUGUUCAAGAUCAACGCCGGUAUUGUGCGCGACCUGGUCAAGGGCAUCGCCGAGUACUGCCCCAAGGCAUUUGUUUUGAUCAUCUCCAACCCUGUCAAUUCGACUGUUCCUAUCGCCGCAGAGGUCCUCAAGGCCGCUGGCGUCUUUGACCCUAAGCGUCUCUUUGGUGUUACCACUCUGGAUGUUGUCCGCGCGGAGACCUUUGUCCAGGAAUACUCAGGCCACAAGGACCCAUCUGCUGUGCGCAUCCCAGUUGUCGGUGGCCACUCGGGAGAGACUAUUGUUCCCCUCUUCAGCAAGGCAGCCCCCGCUUUCCAGAUCCCCGCAGACAAGUACGAUGCGCUCGUCAACCGCGUUCAGUUCGGUGGAGAUGAGGUUGUCAAGGCCAAGGAUGGUGCCGGCUCCGCGACCCUGUCGAUGGCCUACGCUGGCUUCAGAUUUGCUCAGAGCGUUAUCAAGGCUUCUCAAGGCCAGUCUGGUAUCGUCGAGCCUACCUUUGUCUAUCUGCCUGGUGUCACUGGCGGUGACGAGAUUACCAAGGCCACCGGCCUGGACUUCUUCUCUACCCUUGUAGAACUUGGCACCAACGGAGCUGAGAAGGCCAUCAAUGUUCUUGAGGGCGUGACCGAGCAGGAACAGAAGCUCAUCAAGACCUGCACCGAGGGCUUGAAGGGCAACAUCGAAAAGGGAAUCGAAUUCAUCAAGAACCCUCCACCAAAGUAA